AUGUCUGAAGGAGGAGAAUCGAAACCAUCCAAGAAGUCGUCGAAGGGAUUCGACACCCGCAAGUUCUUAAUUGAUCUUGUCUCCGGCGGAACCGCCGCCGCUGUGUCAAAAACCGCUGUCGCUCCAAUUGAGCGCGUCAAGCUUCUUCUUCAGGUGCAAGAUGCUUCUACUACGAUCGCCGCUGACAAACGCUACAAGGGAAUCAUCGAUGUGUUGGUGCGUGUGCCGAAGGAGCAAGGAUACGCGGCGUUGUGGCGCGGAAAUCUCGCCAACGUCAUCCGAUACUUUCCGACGCAGGCGCUCAACUUCGCCUUCAAGGAUACAUACAAGAACAUGUUCCAAAAGGGUCUCGACAAGAAAAAGGACUUCUGGAAGUACUUUGCCGGAAACUUGGCAUCUGGAGGAGCCGCGGGAGCCACGUCGCUCUGCUUUGUUUAUCCACUUGAUUUUGCUCGAACCCGUUUAGCUGCAGAUGUCGGAAAGGGUGCCAAUCGCGAGUUCAAAGGUCUCGGAGACUGUCUUAUCAAGAUCGCCAAGUCUGAUGGACCAAUCGGACUUUACAGAGGAUUCUUCGUGUCUGUUCAAGGAAUCAUUAUCUACCGUGCCGCCUACUUCGGAAUGUUCGACACCGCCAAGAUGGUCUUCUCACAUGACGGCAAGAAGCUCAACUUCUUCGCAGCCUGGGCUAUCGCUCAAGUGGUUACCGUCGGCUCCGGAAUCCUCUCGUACCCAUGGGAUACUGUGCGUCGGCGCAUGAUGAUGCAAUCAGGAAGAAAGGACAUUCUCUACAAGAAUACCUGGGAUUGCGCCGUCAAGAUCGUCAAAAACGAGGGAAUGUCAGCCAUGUUCAAGGGAGCGCUUUCGAACGUGUUCCGUGGAACUGGUGGUGCUCUUGUGCUCGCCAUCUACGACGAGAUUCAAAAGUUCUUGUAA